CCUGCCCUAGCAGCUCCAAACCUCGCCAGCCGCCACUGAGAAAAAUAUAUAUAUUUUAAAAAAGGGCGAGUGCUUUGAAAGAAUCGCACCCUCUACUUCCCGAAAAGAAGCUUACAGAAAGAUCUUGGCUCCGGGCUCCUAGCUGCAGCCUUGGAUGGCACUUCCUGCUUCUUGGUUCUGCUGGAUCCAUGAAGACCUCCGUAGACAUGGCAGUGACAGGGAUCCAGGCCCUUCAGUUGCACCGCAGGGGCAGAAACAGCUACAGGGCCAAACCCUCCUACGUGGAUGAAACACUCUUUGGCAGCCAUGCAGGGCACCAGACGAUGGUUAUGCAGUUUGAUCCGCCAUGGGUGGAGAAGGAACCUGGAUCUGGGAGACCCCUGUUGUGGAGCCCUGCAGCAACACGAUGGGAGGACAAUGGUGGCCCCUCAAAAGCCCCUGCACCGCUCAGCACUCCAAGAAAGAAAAACAAGUACAGAUUAAAAAGUCGCACCCCAUCCUAUUGUGAUGAGACACUGUUCGGCACAAAGUCAGGAGGACAGGAUGGGGCCAUUCCCUGGAUGAAGGAGGAUGCAGCUAAACUCCACCCACUGCUUUGGACUCCGCCCACUGCUUCCAGAAACCAUUCAAAUCUUUCUUCUCGUCAAAAAGAGAAACCAUUGAGAGCGGUUCAUCGAGAAAUGCCCAGAUCCCAGGAGACGGAACGGUUUGAGGCACAAGACAGAGAAUGCUCUUUUUGGAAACAUCUUGAGAAUAAUUCAGAGGACGGCAAACUGAGUGCCCUAGACUGGGCAGGGAAUUGGCCCAUUAGCCGGGUGUAUAGUGCCUCUGAUACAUUCCAGCCACCAGUGACUGGUUCAAGGACAAAUAGGCAGCAGGUUCGCCACCUCCCAGAUGCCUCCAUGGCUCCCCCAGUAUCCAGGCCAUGCUCAAAGGGCAUAUCAGGGUCACUGUCUGGCAGGUUAUCAAGAGCUACAGGCUCAUGCAAACCUAGGCCUCCUUGGAAAUAGAACUACCGAUCUAAAGCGUCAGCUGAACAAUGGGGAUAUGUAUGAAGUAGACUGAUUUUCUGGCCAAUUGAACCACGGCAGUCUUUAACCCUUUCCUUAGUAUAAGGCGGUUGCUAGCUGAGUCACUGGGCCAAGAUCUAAAAUGAGAUCUAAGGCUUGUCUUGUAUUCCUCUUGCAAAGCAUUGAAACCCAGAGAGAGAG